CGUGCUGUCACAUGUUCGUCGCUACACCCGACGACGGCUCACGGCUUUGCGAAGCCAACCUGCAAGGCCAUUCUUGAAUUUCCCUCGACCCCGUCACAUCUACCUAGCGACAUCAUGACGCUGUCGUCCGUUUCGCCCCAUCUCCCGUCUGCUCGAAGCCACAGCGCGGACUUCCAAGAGAGCUUCAAAGCCCUCGUCAAGCAAACUAUGCUCACGUCCGAGCGGUACAUGGUCCUGAGCACGAGCCCCACGGACGUGGCGUUGGGCGUUCAAUGGCGCCGUGACUACAACACUGCCACGAGUCAGCCGAUUGCCAUCAACUUUGGCCACCGACGAACGCUGUCGUUUGACGAAGUGCUUGCCGCAGAGGACGACGACGUCCAGUACUCGCCGCUACACUCCGCCCACCACGUUCCACACGACGAAAAUGACGACGUCGACGACAACAUCUUUGUCAUGGAGCUGUGACGAUCGAGGUCGAGUACAGUAGUAGUAUUUAAUCGUAUUUUAGCAUAAACGUGUACAGUCACAACGACUCAAGUAAUAAGUUAUGGAUGAUGGAUAUUCUUCCCAA